GUAUCUUGAGGUUGUCCUUGACAUUUGUAUUGUUUCCCCCAUAGUUUUUUAGUUUCCCUACCACUUUUCUUGCCCUAUCGUUCGGAGAGAAGUUUAUUAGCUUUCUGAUCAUAGAGCGGGACGAGCUAGUUUAUUUCACAAACAUUUUGCCCCUAACGUGCUCAAGUCAACAUCUACCAGUACUAGUCCUCCUUUCACAUCAAUUCAGGUAGUGCCUGAAGGUCUAAUCAUAGUAUCUCGACAUCACGUCCCAUAAAGUUGUACGAAGGUGUCAAGUUUUUAAACAAGUAGUACACAAGAACUUAUCGAGUACCCCAGCAUCCAUAAUUCCAUAUCAACCACCGACCCACAAAACUUACUAGCGUUUUUUUUUUUCUGUGUAAAAAUCUUCUCACCUCGUGAUUGCUCAAAAAUUCCAAAAGUGAACGGAAGUUUCCGUUUUAAGACUUCUGCGAAGGUUUGACAAAUCACUACAAGACUAAGAGUUUAAGUACACUUCUCGCCCUUGUAAGAUACCGAACUCAAACUUCUUUGAGAAGUAGAGGAACUAGAACUACAUUUGGUCGUUGCACAUUUCAACAUAAUUCUGGCACAUCAACAAGAUCGAGAAAAACCUACCUCGUCAAGCUCGUCAGACCAGAUUGACUUUGACGUCGAAAGGGUAAAGCAACAAGCUAUUGUACCGUAGUACAACACCACGGUCGCAGCUCUGUCCUCGAAGUUUUUCAAGAAGUUAAAAAUCGACUGCGACCGGCAGGACGAGAAGUACCACGACGAUCAUAACCUCCGCCAGGACAUAGAUCGAAAAAUUGGACAACGAGGACCAGCACGCGUGACGUAGUUGCAGCCACGCAACCUGAAGUGCUGGGAAUAAAAUAAAGGUAAAAUAACCACGAGGACUACAGCACGAAACACACGACUCCGCGAACAAGAUGUCUUCUUCCUCUUCUAACAAAGUUACCGCAGGCGGAGCUCCUGUGCCACCCAGUGUCAGUGCAGCCUCCGGAGCCGCGGCCAUGCCGUAUCAACAACCCUAUCCGGCAUCUCGCGAACGACCUGCGGAGCAACCGGAACUCGACCGCGAGAUUGUUCCCCCGCGGGGGAGAGAGGUCGAUGAGAACGUGAACAACGGUGAAAACAAGUCCGAGCACCCGGAAAAUAACAAGAUGGUGCCCUUCAAGAUCGGGCAGCCAACGACGGUUACGCAGGCAGUGCCGAGCACAACCGGAAACAAGAUGGAAUACGUCUGCGUCUGCAGCUACACAAAAAUCGACAAUCUGGCGCAUCAACCGAAAGGUACUGGUGACUAGUUUGUCAUGCUGUGCAGGGUUUGAAGUUGGAACUUGAAGGUAGGAGUCGCUUUCUCAUGCUUCUAGUACACCACCACUAGAAAUUAAAAUUUCAUCGUUAAAUAAACUCAAGGUACCCCUGCGGACCACACGAUGACGGUUUUCGGGUUGUGCCACGAGUCCGGCCGCCUGACGUACCCCAUGUAAAAACGUUCCCACCAUACAGUUGUCAUGCGUAUCUCCAUGCUUAAACUGUUUCUCAUGCGGAGCCCCAUGAGAAGUAUUGUCCAUUUCCAGUUGUGUCUUCCUCUUUCCAUUUGUGAAGCUCAAAUCCGCAUGACAGAUUAGAUCUGUGAUGCUGCUGAGCUAGCUAAGCAGGACAAUGGCACGAUGAGGCCAAACUUGUCAUGCGCAACAACCAAAGCUGGUUGAUUUGUCUAGCAGAUUCCCCAUCUUGAGUAUGGGGUGGGGACGUUUUUCCUCAGGAUAUGACGAAGCUUUUCGUCACGGCGGAUAUGGACAAGGAGCUGCAAAACACGGCUUUUGUGCGGUCCCACCCGAACAAGAAUGUUCUCUACGCAGUGACGGAAUCGAUAUGAACAUGGACAACUCCCCCUCCCCCUCAUUUGUCAUGCAAAAUGCCCAAUCCAGGCUGUACCUCUUGGCACUGUUUGCAUGACAAGGUCUGGCAGCCCAAAUAGCACUACAAUCCAGUGCAAAUUUGUCAUGCAAACUCCGCAUUUUCGCUGGCGCUUGUAUUGCCGUUCAUGCUCUACAAAUGAGGGGGAGAGCGAGUUGUGCACUGUCAUAGUCGAUUAACGACAACGGCUGGCUCUUCGCGUUCCGCCUGUGUCCGGUCAGCGGGCAGCUUCGGGAAGUCGGCAAAGUGUCCACACACGGAAGAAGUGCGUGCUUCAUCACGGUAUAAUAUAUAUAGAAAAUGUAGAUUCUUAAUUCUCGAUGGUCGUGAUGCAUGACUGUCAUGCAUCACGACCAUCGAGAAUUAAGAAUCUGUAUACUACUACUACUCGCAUGACAAAUAAAAGUGUACCAAAAAUCACCGAAAAAACAGCUUUCCCGCGACCUGCGUUACCUGUUAGUGAUCAACUACUGGGACAGUACCAUGGCUUCCAUCCCGAUCGACGAGGAGGGUUUGUUAUGCAUUGCAAAUGUGUCUAGAUGUGGAACAUUGACAUUGAAACUUGUGAUGCGCAGUUUGGAUCAGACAAAAAUCUGUCAUGCAUGGAAAGCAAAAGUGGUAGUGGCCUACGCCUAUUUCUUAUUAUCUAAGUCGGGAAAUUGAAAUUCUCAUGCGAGCUAGGCAUUGAGAAAGCCCCUCGAAAUCAGCGAUGCGAUUACUGGCAUGCCAAAGCUUUUGGGUCAUGCAAAACAGCAUGACAAAGACAAAGCUCGCACUUUCCCCGAUCCACCAGACAUGUUUGCGCUUGAUAUUUGUUUCUGACCAACCAGCUGUCGGUGAAGAAAAACCAGAUACCCGGCAACAACGCCUCCAAGGACCGCACGGCGCACGGUAACGACCCGCACAGCAAGCACCGGUUCGCCGAAUCCCACGCUCACGCCUGCGUGUUCGACCCGGCGUUUGGCAAGAUGGCCUUCGUGCCGGAUUUAUGCAUCGCAAAUAUGUCUGGGUCUGGAAACUUGUGAUGCAACAAAAGUAGGAACUGGUGCGUCUGCGUGCACACUGUAAUGCGUUGCCAAGUAUGACAAGUUUUUCCAAGGUCCUGAGUUGCGUACCUCGCUGCAUGAGAAACUGCGAUUUUGUAUGACAGAUUAGGGGCUCCUCUUGGCGGCCACGCAAUACAGAGUUCAGAGUCAUGGCAGACUAGCAUGACAAAUCUCGUCGCAAUCUCCCAGACCCAGACAUAUUUGCAGUUGAUACGAUUUGGGCGAGGGGGUGAUCAAGCAGUUUGUGUUUGACGAGAACAACGGCGCGGCAAAGUACUGCGGGACCAUUGAUUGCGGCAAGGAAGCCGGCCCACGAUACCUGGAGUUCCACCCGAAGUUGGAUGUCUGUACUGCGAUUUUUUUUUUGUUAUAGAAGAGUGCAUGACGGGUUGUCUGUGUCUAUGUCGUUACUGCAUGACAAAUAAGUACCCAGUGCUACAACUUUACAUUCAAAAAAUUAUCCCUCAGGCUACGUCGUGAAUGAACUCUCCUCCUCCGUGCUGGUUUUCCGGUUUGACGAGCUGCGUGUGCAAGAAGCCUUCGAGAACGCCGUGCUGCAGCCCAACAACACAAAUUUCCAGCCCGCGCUGGACAAGGUACAGGAGAUCUCCACGCUGCCUGAGGCGUUUCCGAAAAAGCUGAACACCUGUGGACGGAUCUGCGUGGACCCGAGCGGCAAGUGGGUGUUGGUCUCGAAUCGCGGCCACGAUUUAUCCUGAGCAAAAACGUCCCCACCCCAGAGUCAACAAGAUGGAAAAUCUGCUAGACAAAUCAACCAGGUUUGGCUUGUUUGGCAUGACAAGUUUGAUCCUGUAGUGUAACAAAUCCUGUUUAGGUAGUUCAGCAGCAUCAUAGACCUAGCAUAUCAUGCUGGUUAUAGCAUCACAAAUUCCAAAUCCAAAACGCGCCACCUAGUGAAUUCUUCUCAUGGGGCUCCGCAUGAGAAACUUUUUUGGCAUGCAGGUUGGCAUGACAACUCUGGUGAGGUGGGGACGUUUUUACAAAUGAUACGACUCCAUCGCGGUGUACCCCAUCAACAAGCAGACGGGGAAACUCUGCAACGCGAAAUACCACCACACCGGCGGUUAUGCAUUGCAAAUAUGUCUGGGUCUGAAAAUUUGUAAUGCUGACAGACGUAGCCUGAGAAGGCCACAAAUGAUGCCUCAGCAUGACAAGUUUCUCAGCUUCUAAGUGUUGCCCAUUCUGCAUGACAAACUGCGUCUCUGCAUCACAGAAAAAUACUUAGGGCUUUUGAGUAACGUGCAUGACAGACUUAAGAGUCUUGCCAGCCUGGCAUGACAAACCUUGCGCUUUUCCAGACCCAGACAUAUUUGCAGUGCAUAGCAGCUUCACACCGAGACACUUCAAGUUCUCGACCAACGGAAAUUUCCUCUUCUCCGCCAAUCAGGACUCGAAUUGCGUCUGCGUGUUCGCUAUCAAAUCUUGCAAUAGAAGCAUGUCCGGGUUCAGCUGUGGAGGAAAGGAUCAGGAUGUUGUGCAUGCCCUUGAUUGGUGUUUGUCAUGCGCCGGUGUUUUCUUCAUCUUCAUCAACAUGGAAUGUACUAGGAAAACCAUGACAUCAAGAAAAACGCUUGUUGAACUUGAAUAGCAUGCCACGCCAGCGUUACAGGUUUUUAGAUGUUGCCACGAUCUCCUUGUUAAUGCCUGUACUGUUGCGUGAGAAUGAGAAAUACUUAAAAAUUUGUGUCCCGUCUUUUGGCACAAGAACUUUGACUUCCGCAAAACAGAACUCCUUGUUAUUCGCAUCAACUAUACCGCAAGAAGUUUGCAUUCGUUCCCCAACUACCAGACGACCCGGACUACAUCAAGUUUGCAAUGCAUACCCCCCUUCAACAGCCGUAGCGGGGAUCUGACCUACCUCCGCAGCUACGACGUGAAAUCGCCAAAUUUUAUCGAGGUCAAGAAGCCAAGCUCGAGUCGCAAACUGGCAGCCUGGAUGUACGCCAGAAUGUGACGCCGGCGCGGAGGUGCUGUUUGAUAAGUAUUCGGUACCAGGGUUCUACCUUCCUGAUGGGUAGUUUCUGUCAUGUUUACAAUUUUUAUCACAGAAUAGAGAAAACAGGAUGAUACUGUAGUGCGACGAGAAGGAACAGAAAGUGGAGUUGAAAUAUAACUGUUAGCAUCGAUCGUACUUAACCUAGCCUGCCUUGUAUAAAAAUGUUCAAAUUCAAUAAACACUUCGUUACGCACGUAGAAGAUCGAAUAGUACAGAACUCGCCGAUUUCAUCCUCGUUUCGUUUCGCACACGCAGAGGAAAUUUAAAAGCAAGGCUAUGUAUCAUCUCCUAUCUUGUUUACCUUUACUUCAUCCUAGUAGCCGAGACUUCUGGGCUUCGAAAAGAAAAAAGACGAGGCUGUCAGACGAACAAGUAGAUUUUAGUUCUUCUUCUUCUUCUUCUAGCGACAGAGUUUAUGACCACUAUUUUAUCGACAUAUCUGCUUACAAUGCGAAGGAACUUGCAUCAUGGCAGCAUUCUUGUGCUUGCACUGUUGAAUUGAAAUUCGAAUCAAGGUUUCAAACGAAAUAAUCGAAGUACUAGUACAACAAACGAGUGUGAAAUUAAGUGUGAUAUUUUGUCUUUUUCAGAUUCUAAAUCCUGUCAGAUCUAGAUCGCUCGACGACGAAGCCAAGCUAGGAAAAUAAUACUGGAUGCUUUUUCUAGUUUGGUUUCGGAGUUUAGUGUCUUAUCUGAAAGAACACCAAGACUCCUUUUCCUUUAAAUUGAAGCAAGGUCGCGUAAAGUGCUUGCCUCUUGGGGUAGCCAGUUUUAUUGUACAAUACUACCCGGUGACCAUUUUUAUGUUGGAAGAUGAAAACAUCAUCGAGUUCUUGAAGGCUAAUGUAUUGUCAUAAGGGAAGAAAGAGAUAGAGAAACCAAACCAAAUAAGAAAAAUAAAGCUUCGAAUCAUAAUUUUUCCCAAUUAAAAAAACAGUAGAAAACCGCUAAGUUAGACUACAACUUAGUUGUUUAUUUCGUCUUCAUAGCCGCAUUGACAUUGUGCCUGCGGGCGUGUGCAAGUGCAGAAGCUCUGCUCUCACGAGGAGGGGUUUGAAAACGAUACCACGAUUGUCGUACUAGGAGGGAGAAGCAAAUAAAGCAUAGAAUAAACCGACGUCGAGAUGAUCGCGAUACGCAGCACCUGAAGAUGAUACGAAAUUCUAUGCUCAAGUACCGCCAAGACCUCUUUGCCACUCAACAGCUGCGUACAAACUCUUCUGCACACCUACCUCCAUCAAGACUUUAAGUUUCUGGUGAAGGAAACGAUGAAUCACCAACGGAAAAUAAAAUUACAGCUUCACUAAAAAACCAUACUAUAAUUGGCAAAGGGUAUAGAAAUUGACAAGGAAACAAAUACAAAAGGAUUAAAAGGUCAUAGUUUAAAAGACAGCUAGAAAAUAAGCAGUACAACCUCCCGUGUGCUUUAGUGUGCUCCGUGUUUGUAAAAUCUCAAUAGAACAACGUCAACUGGUUCAAUAGCCGUGAGGGUGGAGGUCCGCGUCUUUGCAUUGUAUGAGGGAAGAGGUGCACGUGCAAAAAUUCACCAACCGGGUUUCCGGGAUGAGACACGCCCCGCGGUUAUUGACUAUUUGAUUUUCUCAUCUGCACGUAAGAGAAGACUUUCACUGAUAGGUUAUUUUUAGCAAAAUACAUCAACAUCGAAAAUCGGGAACACGAAGCUGCCGUGUGAAUCGCUGGCCCGCCCGAGAUAGAAGAUGACAAUUGGUGGAGCUCAGUAGUUGAGUUUCUCUCGAAUAAGAUUUUGAUUUACGAGUACCUUUGGCGAU